CGUUGAAUGUGGUACAUUUUCCGCUGAAGAUUCAUAUAGCUUGCUCUCCCGUCUUGGCAGUUGGCCCCUAUUAAUUGAAAAUAGAGGUUUGACCUUGAUCUCUGGCUGGAGAGCCUUCUUGCAUCUCCAUCUGCAUCUGCAUAUAUAAUGGGCAGUCCCUAGCUUCUUCACGACGCAGCGAAGCAGGCCUUCUUCACAAGUACUUCUGCUAAUAGGCGGCGAUCGUCGCAUCGUUGUGUAGGAAAAUGCCGCGAACGGUGUCUGAUGGAGGAGAGGACCACGGUGCCGACGUUGCUAGCCGGACGUCGUCACACCGCCGCAUGGAGCACGGGCAUGGGUAUAAGGUCGGCAUCCCGCCGAAGAAGAGCCUCCUCACCGAGUUCUCUGACGCGGUGAAGGAGACGUUCUUCGCCGACGACCCACUUCGGCAGUACAAGGACCAGCCCAAGUCCAAGAAGCUCUGGCUCGGCCUGCAGCACAUCUUCCCGGUGCUCGACUGGAGCAGACGCUAUUCCCUCAGCAAGUUCAAGGGCGACUUCAUCGCUGGGCUCACCAUUGCCAGCCUCUGCAUACCCCAGGACAUCGGCUACUCUAAGCUUGCUAACUUGCCAGCAGAGGUGGGACUAUACAGUAGCUUCGUGCCGCCUCUGAUAUACGCAGUGAUGGGCAGCUCCAGGGAUAUAGCCAUCGGUCCGGUGGCCGUGGUGUCGCUGUUGCUCGGUACUCUCCUUCAGAAUGAGAUUGACCCCAAGACACACCCGCUUGAGUACAGGCGGCUAGCGUUCACCGCAACCUUCUUCGCAGGGGUCACGCAGGCAGCGCUCGGAUUCUUCAGGUUAGGGUUUAUCAUAGAGUUCCUGUCUCAUGCUGCCAUUGUCGGAUUCAUGGCUGGUGCUGCCAUCACCAUCGCUCUUCAGCAGCUGAAAGGGUUCCUUGGAAUUGCAGACUUCACCAAGAAAUCUGAUAUUGUAUCUGUGAUGAAAUCAGUUUGGGGAAACGUUCACCAUGGGUGGAAUUGGCAGACAAUACUGAUAGGAGCGUCCUUCCUGGCAUUCCUUCUGGUUGCCAAGUACAUUGGGAAAAGGAAUAAAAAGCUCUUCUGGGUUUCUGCAAUCGCACCUCUCACUUCGGUGAUCAUAUCCACAUUUUUUGUGUACAUCACUCGUGCAGAUAAGCAUGGUGUUGCAAUCGUCAAGAACAUAAGGAAAGGCAUCAACCCAGCUUCAGCUAGUCUCAUAUACUUCACUGGCCCAUACUUGGCGACAGGAUUCAAAAUUGGGGUAGUGGCUGGAAUGAUAGGGCUAACGGAAGCAAUUGCAAUUGGAAGAACGUUUGCUGGCCUCAAGGAUUACCAGAUAGAUGGGAACAAAGAAAUGGUGGCUCUAGGGACCAUGAACAUUGUUGGUUCAAUGACUUCUUGCUACGUAGCCACAGGUUCUUUCUCGCGGUCAGCAGUCAAUUACAUGGCUGGCUGCAAAACAGCGGUGUCAAAUGUUGUCAUGUCCACUGUCGUGAUGCUUACGCUGCUGCUGAUCACCCCACUGUUCAAGUACACUCCAAAUGCCAUCCUCUCCUCAAUCAUAAUAUCAGCAGUGCUUGGUUUGAUUGACUAUGAGUCAGCUUACCUUAUCUGGAAAGUCGACAAACUGGACUUCCUAGCAUGCAUGGGGGCAUUCUUUGGAGUCAUAUUUUCAUCAGUGGAGUAUGGCUUGCUCAUUGCGGUUGCGAUAUCUCUUGCUAAAAUUCUUCUCCAAGUAACACGGCCAAGAACAGUUUUACUUGGAAACCUUCCACGAACGACUAUAUACAGGAACGUCGAACAGUAUCCUGAUGCUACCAAGGUUCCAGGGGUGGUAAUUAUCAGAGUGGAUUCAGCUAUCUACUUCACAAACUCCAACUAUAUUAAAGAGAGAAUCCUGAGGUGGCUCAGAGACGAGGAAGAGGAGCAACAACAUGACCAGAAGUUACCAAAAACUGAGUUUCUGAUCGCUGAUCUAUCUCCUGUAAUUGAUAUCGACACAAGCGGAAUCCACGCCUUGGAGGAGUUGCUGAAAGCGCUUGAGAAACGCAAAAUUCAGCUGGUUCUUGCCAAUCCCGGGCCAGCGGUGAUCCAGAAGCUCCGCUCGGCGAAGUUCACGGACAUGAUUGGUGAAGACAAGAUACACCUCACGGUCGGCGAUGCUGUGAAGAAAUUUGCUCCCAAGAUGGUGGAUAAUGUCUGAAGGAGGUUCAGAGUCAUGUACAGUAUGAGCAAGAGGACAAGUGUGGAUUUAUAGAGCAGAAGCAGCACAGAACGGCAGUAGUAAAUAGCACGGUUUGCAGAAGGGUAGUAAAUAAAGAAGACGCUCCCAGAGUUGGAGGGCAUCGCGUUUGCCGGGAUGUGGUUGGAUAGGAAGCAGAUGGUGGCCUGUUUGGGCGUCUAUGUCAAGUCCUUGUGGUUGUGGAGUCUGUUCCGCGUUGGCAAGCACUUAGGUGACGGAGAUCGAAGGUUUGAUGGAUGCCUGCUGAUUAA